ACCAUUUCCUAAUCGUUUUGCGAAAAUGCAAUUAGUAUUAAUUAUAAUAUUAUAACUGUAUGAGAAAUUAUAAUUUAAUUUAUACAACGAGAGAGUCGUGGUUCGAAACGUCCGAAGUACGCCGAGAAACGAAGUAAAUAUUUUUAUUUGAUUUAAUUGCCUGCCGCCAGGAACUCGUUCAUAACAGAAUAUCUCCGGCCGGUUCGUUCGUAACAUCAGCGCCGCCGAAUCUCUCCAGAAAUCGUUUUAUCACACACAGUGUCGCUUUCGUAUCAUUAUCAUCGUCGUCGUCCGAUCGCCGCCGUCACAAAGCUCAAUUCGCUCGCGAAAACCGAGCCCGCACACAUGUAACGUUUCGCAUAACAUUAUUUUCUCCUCAGACAUAUUGGUGCUCGUCGAUCGGUUUAAGCUCUGUUGGUGAAAAACGUUGCCAAAAUGAACAUAACGAGAGCGGCGAAAUCUGGUCUACGGCCCUGCGGAAAUUUGUACAAAUUUUACAAUAACAAACACUUUGGUGCCAUUUGCUUGAAUCCACAACCAUGUUCAUUUUCAAACAAUUUCUUUUACUCAAAUGUCGCUUCAAAUCGAUUUCUUCCAAUAUCUCGUUUGACAACAAAACUAGAAUUUUCCAAUCCCCAUAUUCGACAAAUAUCUUACACAUCGUCAUUAUUAUCUGAAAAACCAUCUUCUAAAAUUGAAGAAACUGUAAAUGCUGUUAAAGAAAAAGCUCAAAAAGAAGCUGAAGGAAAAGAAGUUGCUACAGUUAAACCUACAAAAACAAUAAAACAGAAAGUCAUAGAUGAAGUGAUGCACUAUUAUCAUGGUUUUAAACUUUUGGGGCUCAAUGCAAAAAUCUCCUUUAAGUUGGCUCUUAAAAAAAUGAGAGGUCAAGAUUUGACAAGAAGAGAACAUAAUUUGUUUGUUGAAACGGUGGCUGAUCUAUUCCGAUUAUUACCUUUUUCUGUAUUUAUUAUUGUUCCAUUCCUCGAGUUUACUUUGCCUAUUUUCAUAAAGAUUUUUCCUGGUAUGUUACCAACUACAUUUCAAACGAAGGAUGAUAAGGAAGCUAAACUUAAAAAGUCUCUUAAAGUGAAACUUGAAAUGGCCAAAUUCCUUCAAGAAACUUUAGACAAUAUGUCUGUAUCUGGAAAAGGACACACAUGUGAUUCAGCUAAAGAUUUUGCAGACUUUUUUGCUAAAGUAAGGCAAGAAGGAACUGUUAUAUCAGCUGAUGAAAUACUUAAGUUUUCAAAACUAUUUAAAGAUGAGAUUACCCUUGACUCACUUCCUCGACCACAGUUGGUUGCCCUUUGUCGAGUGCUUGAACUACGACCCAUCGGAACUUCAAACUUCUUAAGAUUUCAACUGACACUUAAACUACGCUCUUUAGCAAUUGAUGAUAAGGUGAUCCAAAAAGAAGGUGUUGAUUUACUGACACUAAGCGAACUUCAACAAGCAUGUAAAUCUCGUGGUAUGCGUGCUUAUGGUCUCACUGAAAAACGCCUUAAACAACAGCUUACUCAAUGGCUAGACCUGUCGUUAAAUGAAAAAGUUCCUCCUUCGUUACUUCUUCUCUCUAGAGCCUUUAGCUUUACAGAAAAUAUUCCUACCAGUGAUUUAUUAAAGAAAGCUAUCUCUGCAUUGCCUAAUUCUGUUGGAGUAUCGACUGAAGCUGAUUUAGGAGAACGUGAUGGAGUUAUAGAUAACAAGGCUAAAUUGGAAGCAAUUAAGGAGGAAGAACGUAAGGUGAAAGAAGAAAUCGCAGAAUGUCUCGAAGAAAAGAAAAAAGAAUUAGAAGAUGCCAAAAAGAAACCUAAAGAGCAAACUAUUCUAGCUAAAGACAAUUUAAUUGAUACAGCACCUAUUUUAACCGACACAACUGGAAUCAAAGAAAUCAAAGAAGAAAAUGUAACGUCAACUGAUUUAAAAACAUUAGAAACUGCUAUUGAAAAUUUGAGUUCGGAACAAAAAACACUUAUUGUUGAAAAAGAAGAAAUCAAAGAUUUGAAGGAUGAACUUAAGGAUUACCAAGAAGAUAUAAAUGAUCUUCAAGAAGUAAUGAAAACUGAGAAAAAAGAAAAAGUCAGAGAAUCUAAAGCAGCUAAACGAUUAUUUAAGAAAGUCAAUAAUAUGAUAAAGAAUAUGGACCAGGUAGUUGAAAUGUUGGAGAUGAAAGAAAAAAAAAUUAAAAAAGAAAUAGAAACAAAAGAAUUAGUCGACGAAAAUACUGCUGAAGAAAGUGAAUUAAUCAAUAUUGAUGAGCUGAUUGGAGUAGUACGAAAAUUACAAAGUAUACCUGAUGAAGACAAACUAUUACAAAUAAGUGAAGUUCUUAGUAAAAUUGAUGAUGAUCAUGAUGGUUCAAUAAGAUUAGAUACUGUAUUGAAGGUAUUGGAACUGAUCGGUACUGAAAAUAUUAAAUUAUCUACUAAGGAAAUGGAUAUGAUAACACAAUUAGUUAUCAAAGAGGAAGAAAUGGAAACUAUAGAAAAGAUGAAUAAAAUACAAAAAUUGGAAAAAGAUGAUGUAGCCCAAGCAACAGCCCCCAAAGUAAUUGUGACAUCUGAAACGAUUCCAAAAAAAACUAUAACACCAAUAAUCGAUUCAAAAAUUGUGUCUGAUACAAAAAUACCACCAUUGCCACCAACGAGUAGUACAAAAUCAGAUGAACCCAAAAAACUAUAAGUCAAUAAUACAAUAGGCUUUCAUAAAUAUAAACAAUCUUUCAUCAUUCAAGUAUGAAUACAAAUUUAAAAAAAAUGUGAUACUACAAUACAUUUCCACAGUAUAUGUGACCAUGUGUUAAUCGUCCCUUACAAUUUAGUUUGUAUAUACAGUUUUUAGUUCAGAACAAUUUAUUUAAUACUAAAGAAAAUUAUCUAGUGGUUGGUCCGUAUCUUUUUGUUAAGUACUAUAUAAUACUGUUAUCUGUUUUUUUUUUAAAUAAUAAUAUUGUGGAAUUCAAGUUAAUAUUUUUUUAUUAUUAAUUGUAUCUCAUUUUUCUUUAAAAUGUUACCCUCAUUCAAAAUUCCUCUUCACAAAAGCUUAUAGAUUGCUUUGCUAAAAUAGUAAAAUUAAAUAUAUUUUACCAUGUUAUGUAAGACUGUUUUAAACUAUUUAUUUAUUUACACUUGAAUUUUUAUUAAUAAAUAUAUUUAAGAGUA